AUGAUAAUACAUAAACAUUUGCACUUUUUUAUUGACGUAUCUGAAGGAAGUUAUCAAACGCUUAAUUACAAUAAGAAAGCAUCCAAAAAUAUAUCAAAAGACGCUGCAGCAAAUUCUGCGGAUAUCAUUAACAUUGCUGUAGCUGACAAUGAAACUGACAUGAACAAUAAAGAUAAAAUUACAUCCCAAAUCCCAGAAGCAACCGAAACGGAAAUAAUCAAAAUUCUGGACGUAAAUUUAGAAAGCAUAUUAUUAAAGUUUAGGCAUCAUACGUUUAAUCGAGGUUGGCUUUGA